CACACCCCCCCGCGUCGAGCCAUGUUGUAGGAAAUCCGCUUGCGGCGGAUUAUUGUAAUCCGACAGAGGGUCUGGACGACACAUCGGAUCACGACGAAAAAAACCAAAGCCCAGCGGCCUGUAACAGAUGCAGCUCGUCCGAGAAUAAAGGGAUAAAGUUGGGAUAUGAUCUGCCGCUCUGCUCGGUGCUCCCGCAGCCAGUGAUCGGCGGUGCCCGGGCCGUUUCCUGGACCCAUCCGUCUGACACACUCUGACAGCGGCUUGGCAUCACUGCACCGCGGAGCAAGGGGAGAGGAAAAGCUUUAAAUCGUCGGUUAAACAGACCCCCCCUCCCUUCUCCCUUCCCCCGUCAGGUUUAGGUCCAGCCCGGCUCAGCUCGGCUCGGCUCGGUUGUCCUGUCUGCGGACCGAAGCGCUGCUGCCGCCGCUCGCACUCUACAAGCUAGCACGGCUAGCUCACCCCAGCUAGCUAGCUAGCUGGUCAGGAAUUUAUCAAGUUUAGUUCGGAAUAGAGUCAGUUUUCCGGCCCGCAGCCCAACAGGAGGGAGGAUGUCGGCGAAAGACCAAAACAAACUCUCCACCAUUGAACGACCCAUCAAAGCGGUGCCAUAUCCUCCCGGUACACGCCUGACGGUCAAAGACCUGUAUGUGGACGGGAGGCCCAGCGUGGAGCUGCUGAAGGCCCAUCUGGUGAAGGAGGGCCGGCUGGAGGAGGAGGCAGCUCUACGAAUCAUCAACGAGGGAGCCAGCAUCCUCCGCCAGGAGAAAUGCAUGCUGGAAGUGGAGGCCCCCAUCACAGUGUGUGGAGACGUCCACGGACAGUUCUUUGACCUGAUGAAGCUUUUCGAGGUGGGCGGGUCCCCCAGCAGCACCCGCUACCUGUUCCUCGGGGACUACGUGGACCGAGGCUACUUCAGCAUCGAGUGUGUACUGUACCUCUGGGCUCUGAAGAUCAACCAUCCCAACACCCUCUUCCUCCUCAGAGGCAACCACGAGUGUCGACAUCUCACAGAGUACUUCACCUUCAAACAGGAGUGUAAAAUAAAGUACUCGGAGCGUGUAUACGAUGCCUGUAUGGAAGCGUUUGACUGCCUGCCUCUGGCUGCUCUCCUCAACCAGCAGUUCCUCUGUGUGCACGGAGGCCUGAGCCCUGAAAUCACCUGCCUGGACGACAUACGCAAGCUGGACCGGUUUAAGGAGCCUCCUGCGUUCGGGCCGAUGUGCGACCUGCUGUGGUCGGACCCGGGGGAGGACUACGGUUCAGAAAACACCCAGGAACACUUCUGCCACAACAGUGUCCGAGGCUGCUCCUAUUUCUACAGUUACCCGGCAGUAUGUGACUUCUUGAUGAACAAUAACCUGUUGUCUGUAAUACGAGCACAUGAAGCCCAGGACGCAGGGUAUCGAAUGUACAGGAAAAGUCAGACGACAGGCUUCCCCUCUUUAAUCACAAUCUUCUCGGCUCCUAACUACCUGGACGUGUACAAUAACAAAGCUGCGGUGCUGAAAUAUGAGAAUAAUGUGAUGAACAUCCGGCAGUUUAACUGCUCCCCUCACCCCUACUGGCUGCCCAACUUUAUGGACGUCUUCACCUGGUCUCUGCCCUUCGUCGGAGAGAAAGUGACAGAGAUGCUGGUGAAUGUGUUGAACAUCUGCUCUGACGACGAGCUGAUGUCAGAAGGAGACGACACAUGUGAGGGCGGAGCUCCAGCUGUCAGAAAGGAGGUGAUCAGGAAUAAGAUCCGGGCGAUUGGAAAGAUGGCGCGCGUCUUCUCUGUGCUCAGAGAGGAGAAUGAGAGUGUGUUGCAGCUGAAGGGCCUGACCCCGACAGGAACGCUCCCUCUGGGAGUUUUGUCCGGAGGUCGGCGAACUCUGCAAAGCGCCACCGUAGAGGCAGAAGAGGCACGAGCCAUCCAAGGCUUCAACCCUCAGCACAAGAUCCAGAGCUUCGAGGAGGCUCGAGGUCUGGACCGGAUCAACGAGAGGAUGCCCCCCCGCCGCGACAGCAAGCAGCACGAGGCCACCCCCUCCCUCAACAACCUGCCGGCCAGCACCGGACCUCCGGACAAGAACGGCACCAACACACAGGCCUAGAUCCUCCCUCCCUCCUCCUCCCCUCUCCUUCUCUUCCUCCCCUCUCUUCCUUCCUUCCUUCCUCCCUCCUUCCCUCUUUUCUCCUUUAAGAGCAGGAGAAGAGGCGGUUCAGUCCGAGCGACUCUCACCACGCUUAAUUUAUUUUAUCAUCUAUUAAAUAUCAUAGUUUAAGACUGAACAGGAGAAAAUCUCAAACGUACGUGGACUUUGCUGAAGGCGAUCGAUCGCUGCCCAGUCCGACCCGAGCAAAUCCAUUUUAUAACAGGAGGAUGGUUUCAGGACGAACCCGGUUUAUUUCAGUUUGUUUGGUUUUUUGUUUUUUUAACUUGCUGAGGGAGGAAGUGACGCUCAUUCAAACGCUGUGUUCGUGCCCACACACACACACACACACACACACACACACACACACACACACACACACACAGAAUCAGAUCGCAUAAAAUCCAUCCUUUCUUAUGCCAAUGAUAGUGUGACUGAGCUCCCAGGAGCAAGUAUUGACAUUUAUAUUAUAUAUGUAUAUUUUAAUUGUUCCCUCUUUUCAAUGUGAUGGGUUUUUUUGUUUGUUUUGUUUUUGUUUUUUACAACAUAGAUUUAGGCUUAAUUAUCCAGAGUGGGGGGAGAGGGGUGAGGAGGGGGGAGGAGAGAUAAAGGGAAAGGACACAGGGGGAGUUAAAGGGUUAUUCCGCUUUCUUACAACUCGAGUCAGUGUAGGACGUUUGAAAUCUCACUCGAGGUCCAGUUACUCACUUUCACGUCCCUGUAACUGAGCAAACUCCCUCCGGUCGAAAGUUUGACUUUUUGUUUUAGGAUCUUGUUUAGUUUGCCUCCGUCACUGCAGCCGCCAGAGAAUCACUGAGACGCCACUGAAACUCAGUCCAGGUUAGAUAAAGUUAUUUAGAAACAAAGGUGAACAGUUAAAUUAACAAACUUCACCGUGGUCUCCGACCUGCAGCUCAGUCACUUUGUUUUUCAGCUUUUAAAAACUCCGACUGACCUGAACGUACGAUGUGAAGCAGAGUAGUUACUGGAUGACGAUUUAAAUUCCCUAAAACAAACGUCACCAUGAACAGUCGUUUAACAGGCUGUAACAGUAAAGUUUAACAGCUUUUACACUGAAAACUAAUGAAACGACAUGUUCAGAGACGCAGGCCGCUGCUUAGAUUCCUCACUUUGUUCUGGAAGGUUUCCUUUGUAAUGAGGGAUUAUUAACAACAUUUCAACCCGAAGAGGUCGUCCAAGAGACUUUAUUCCCUCUCAGAACUUAAAGUGUUGGAUUAAAAAAUAAAAUGAAUUUGUGCAGCAUGGUUUAGGUUUGUGAUAUUUCCUGCCUUAGUAAUCGUCGGAGUGACCGUGCGUUUUCAAACCUCCAUCGUCCUCGUUUAAUCUGGUUGAAUCAGAUCAGUUUUCUACAGAUCUGAACUCGAGACUGAACCAAAACAACCACAUGGAGACUCUGACCUCAGUCUGACCCGACUACACGGUGAACUCUGACCUCUGUAGCCAGGUGAACUCCGACCUGCAGACAGCAGCUUCCUCCUGUGUUGAUGUUAAAACAGAAUACAGACCAGAGUGUGAGCAAGACCUGUAGGUUCUGGAUCUGGUUGUCAGGUCUCAGAUUUGACCCUGGUGGGUGCAGUGUUUAUAUCAGGGAGAGAGACGAUGACCAAAACCUUUAAAACCAGAUUCAAGUUGCACUAAACCGGAAUCAUCCUUUAAACCGACAGAGAGAAGCAGGGGACAGGAGGCGGGUUUAUCCAGGUGUGUUUCAGGUGUGUUUCCGCAGUGAUGACGAUGAUGAGGACCUGGGUGGGUUUGAUUUGCUUCUUUGGGACGUUGUCGGGAGCGGGGCCUCGUGUCUGACUUGUGUUUGGGUCUCAGAACAUAUCUCACAGAAUGUACAGAAGAAACAGUUUAAAAAAAAAAAAGAAGAUAAAAUCAAGAUUUUUUUUUUCUUUACAGCUAAAUUUGAAAAAGAAAAGAACUUUUUUUUGUCGAGUACAUGUAUUGCGAGGCCUCUCAUUUAUGUAGAUGUUUCACUCCAUUCAAAUAAAAAACAGAAAAGUA